GUUCAAUGCACGAAAUAUUGCAAGAAAACGAAAAGCUGAUCAAAAUAAAACAGGUAAUACCUAUUGGAAUGACAGCUUGCGUAACAAAAAUUUAUUUUAGCCUGUGUAAAAAAUAAUAUUGCUGAAAUUUUCAUUAUAGGAAAUGAUGCGUUCAGCACUAGUUCCGGUGCUCUCCAAAGGCUGGAAAGCCUCUGUUCCUCGCAUCACUGCAGCUGCGGUUCCUUCCCAAAAUCGCGAAAAAAGUACUUUACCAGUGGUAGAGAAGGACAAACCGGAAAAGUUGCCGUAUUCACCUUUUGGAACUAAGCAAUCUAAUUGGGCCGAAUGGGGCGUAGCACGUUUAGAUGAUCUUUUGAAUUGGGGUCGCAAGGGCUCAAUUUGGCCUCUCACCUUUGGAUUAGCUUGCUGUGCCGUCGAGAUGAUGCAUAUUGCCGCGCCACGUUACGACAUGAAUCGUUUUGGAGUUACUUUCCGUGCUUCACCACGGCAGGCGGAUUGCAUUAUAGUUGCCGGAACACUGACCAAUAAAAUGGCACCGGCUCUCAGGAAAGUUUACGAUCAAAUGCCGGAACCACGAUGGGUCAUAUCGAUGGGAAGCUGCGCCAAUGGUGGUGGAUAUUAUCAUUAUUCUUAUUCGGUAGUACGCGGCUGCGAUCGUAUUAUUCCGGUGGACAUCUACGUGCCUGGCUGUCCACCAACCGCUGAGGCUCUACUGUAUGGAGUUUUGCAAUUGCAGAAAAAAAUCAAGCGAAUGAAAACGCUUCAGAUGUGGUACAGAAAGUAAAUCAAGUGAUAAUCUGAAUUGGAUUUUGUAGCGCAAGCUAUCCAGUUGUAAUAAUGUAAAUGCGCAAUAAAACGUUUGCUCUACGUAAUUUGUUCACUCUAA